CUGGCAGUCCAAAUUCCAAGCGGGACGACGAGAGGAGGCUUCACUUUUUGCGACGACGCCCCGAGACCGCUCACCACGUUCCAGUCAACCACGACGCAACGAUGGCCGACUCACUCGACUACGUCAAGAUUUGCGAGAGCUGCCCGCCGGGCGACGGCUGGGGCCCGUCCGUGACCACGGACACGACCCUCAACGGUGUGCCCUAUGCGCCCUUCUCUAAGGGUGACAAGCUGGGCCGCAUGGCCGACUGGACCGCCGAGGGCAAGGACCGCGAGCGCGGCGGACGCAUGCAGUACAACCGCAGCUACAGAGACCAGCAAGUCUACGGAUCCAGCCACGCCAUCACCUUCAAUGCGCCCCCGGCCGAGGACGAGUCGACCUUCUCGCUCGUCAGCAACACCAGAGACUCAACCAAGUCGCGAUACGGCCGUGGUGCCGUCUUCACCCGUGGCCGCGGCCAACGCGGCGGACGUGGCGACUCGCGCGGCGGACGACAGACGCUGCAGCGGACGGGCGGCGCCGGUGGGCGGCAGGGCUACGACCGCGGUGGCCGUCAGGCGGGCGGCGCUCGCGGUGGCCGUCGCUUCGGCUGGAAGGAUUACGACAAGCCGGCUCGCAACCGUGAUGCUAGCAUCAACAUCAAGGCUGACUGGCAGCUGCUCGAGGAGAUUGACUUCAACCGCCUGGCCAAGCUGAAUCUCGACGCCGACGAGGGCGAGGACCUCGAGGACUACGGCUUCCUGUACUACUACGACCGCUCCUACGACAAGCAGCCCGUCAAGGGUGCCGAGAAGAAGCUGAUGGCCAUCGACCGCGCCGCGUACAACGUCACCACGUCGUCGGACCCUGUCAUCCAGGAGCUCGCCGAGCGCGACGAGGCCACCAUCUUCGCCACCGACAGCAUCCUGUCCAUGCUCAUGUGCUCGCCGCGCUCCGUCUACCCGUGGGACAUUGUAAUUGUCCGCCAGGGCAACAAGAUCUUCCUGGACAAGCGCGACAACGCCAACCUCGACAUGGUGACCGUCAACGAGAACGCGGCCGACGCCCCCCUCGAUGCCGCCGACGGCAGCAAGGACAUCCUCAACCAGCCCGGCGCCCUGGCCGAGGAGGCCACCUACAUCAACCACAACUUCGCCAACCAGGUCGUCGCCGAGAGCGAGUCGGCCAAGAUCGACAUGGCCCACGCCAAUCCCUUCUACAACUCCUCCGAGGACACCGACCCGCCCGCCAGCAAGGCUUACAAGUACCGCCGCUUCGACCUCUCCACUAACGAUGAGGAGCCCGUCUACCUGGUGGUCCGUACCGAGAUUGAUGCCGUUCAGAAGAACGCCAUCAGCGGCGAGGACCAGCUCGUCACCAUCAAGGCCCUCAACGAGUUCGACAGCAAGGCCCAGGGCAGCGGUGGCGCCCUUGACUGGCGGAGCAAGCUCGUCACGCAGCGCGGUGCCGUCGUCGCCACCGAGAUGAAGAACAACAGCUGCAAGCUGGCCCGGUGGACCGUCCAGAGCAUCCUGUCCAAGUCGGACGUCAUGAAGCUUGGCUUCGUCUCCCGUGUCAACCCCCGCUCCAACGACAAGCACGUCAUCCUGGGCGUUGUCGGCUGGAAACCCCGCGACUUCGCCAACCAGAUGAACCUCUCCCUGUCUAACGGCUGGGGCAUCGUCCGCACCAUCGCCGACAUGUGCCUCAAGCGCGAGGACGGCAAGUUCGUUCUCGUCAAGGACCCCAACAAGUCCAUCCUGCGCCUCUACGAGCUGCCCGCCGGCAGCUUCGAGGACGACGAGGAGGACGAGGACGAGCAGGAGGAACAGCAGCCCGCCGAGGGCGCCGAGGAGUAGGCAAGAGCAGGGAUCGUAGAGAACGGGCGGACGCGCAGGAGCGUCCUUAUGAAUUUGACGAAGGGCGGGGCGGAAAGGCAGCGUGCUGACAUUUCCGGUUCAUAUAGCAUGUACAUGGAGUGGCGGGCCCUAAAAGUGGAAAUUCGAACCGAUGAUGACCCUGUGCAACGAAGACGUCCUCUCUCCCGCGCCACAGCUAUGUACCUUAUGUAUGCGCGCAUGAUACGGGAUAGGGACGCGGUGGACCUGUCUGCGUGUCACCCAACGACUAGCAUUUCACUGUUCCCGAGGUUCCUCUCCAAAUCUCGUGGCUGCUGCCCAUGCAAAGGUCGUCUCUUGAGUAGUAGUACUAGUAGUAGUACACAAGCAUACAAAACAAACAAAACAAAAGGCC